GCGCGUUUAAAACCCUCAUCUCUUGCAAUUUCAAAUCUCUCCCUAGUUGGAAGGGAUCUAACAUAGAUUGGAUUGAAAUAAAACCUGUGCAGGAAACUAUCGAUGACCUAAGGUACAGUCUAUUUAUUUAUUUAUUACUCCCGAUUAAUUGAUUUUCAAUGUAUUAAUUCAAUUUAGGGUUCCUUAUCUGGGAUUGAUAUAUCGAUUUUACGAUUGCGAUGGGUCGGGAAUAAAAUUUGUAGACCAUGGAGAAGAGCAGCAUAUCGUCUGACCAUGUCAUUGCUGAAUUGAUUGAAAUGGGUUUUGAGUUCUCUCAAGUUAUUGAAGCCGUAGAAUCAGUAGGUCCAAUUCUUGAUAAAGCAGUUGAUUUCAUUAUUAAUCCGAGUAGUCAUCAUAAAAAACCUAGCAAUGUAAGUACAGGUUCGUCGUUGGGUGAUUCGAAACCUUCUUGUGCACUUAGUAGCAGACGUGUGCUGGGAAAGAGGGUGGUGACUUCAUCGUUGUCUUCUGGUCGGGCUAAGCAAUCAAGUAUUAUGGACCAUUUCCAACCACCUAGACUCAAAAGAAGUAAGAUUGAUGGAGAGGUGGGUACAUCCAUUUCUGAACCGGGGUUGGUGUCUAAGUCUAAAGAAGUGAAACCAGCGUGUCGUUCUUAUACGGACAGUAAUUCGGUCUCCACAAUGGAUUCAACUGUAUUUGUUGCUGAAAAUUUACAAGGGCAAGGGAUAGGAGCAGAUUGGGAAGUGAAAGCGAGUAAUGUGUUACAGAAACAUUUUGGAUUUUCCACAUUAAAGAACUUCCAGAAGGAAGCGCUGGAGUCUUGGUUGGCUAAUCAAGAUUCUCUUGUUCUUGCUGCAACAGGAUCUGGGAAAUCGCUAUGCUUCCAGCUUCCGGCAUUGUUGACAGGAAAGGUUGUUAUUGUGCUAUCACCCUUGAUAAGUUUAAUGCACGAUCAGUGCUUAAAGCUAGAUAAACACGGGAUAUCAGCUUGCUUUCUUGGAUCAGGACAAACUGAUACUAGUGUAGAACAGAAAGCAAUGAAUGGCAUGUAUAGUAUUGUUUAUAUUUGCCCAGAGACAGUUUUGAGACUCAUAGGACCUCUUCAAAAGCUUGCAGAAAAUCGCGGGAUAGCACUCUUUGCCAUUGAUGAAGCCCACUGUGUCUCUAAGUGGGGACAUGACUUCCGACCUGACUACAGGCGAUUAUCUGUAUUGAGAGAUAGCUUCAACACAUGCAAUUUGGGAUUCUUGAAGUCCAAUAUCCCACUAAUGGCAUUAAAUGCUACUGCAACGUUUCGAGUUCGGGAUGACAUCCUUAAAUCCUUGUGCAUGUCUAUAGAAACAAAGAUAGUCCUCACAUCAUUCUUCCGACCAAAUCUUUGCUUUUCAGUAAAACAUAGUAGGACAUCUGGGAGUUCUUAUGAGAAGGAUUUUCAGGAAUUGGUAGAUUUGUAUAAGACACAAAGAGUUGUUGGCAAAAGGAGACACAGCAAUGUGGUCGAGGACUCUGUGGGCGAGUCUGACUGCUCUAUGGGAUAUGUAAACGAUAGUUUAUCUGAUACAGAAGAAACCUCUCUAAGUGAUUUGGAGGACUUUGAAGAUGAGUUCUCUGAUGGAAAUGAUGCUGAAGUUAGCUUAAGCUAUAGGAAGGGUGUAGCUUCUCGUAAGAAAAAGCAACUGUCAGUUGAAUUUCUGGAAGAUGAGUUAGACGUUCCACAAAGUGUUGAUGAUUUGGAUGUUACUUGUGGUGAAUUCAAUGGUGGUAUUUCAUCUGAGAAUAUGGAUAUGCAGAAUCCGUCUGAGACAAAUGAUCCUCUAAUCAACCUGCAGGACAGACUGCGACUUCUGGAAGAGCCUUCCGAUGGCGGCCCCACUAUUGUUUAUGUGCCAACUAGAAAAGAAACUGUAGCGUUGGCAAAGUAUUUGUGUACAUUUGGCAUAAGGGCCGCUGCUUACAAUGCAAAGCUUCCAAAAGUGCAUCUUAGAAAGGUCCACAAGGAGUUCCAUGAAAACUCCUUAGAGGUUGUUGUUGCAACAAUUGCUUUCGGAAUGGGGAUAGACAAGUCAAACGUACGGAAAAUCAUUCAUUAUGGUUGGCCACAGAGUUUAGAGGCAUACUAUCAGGAAGCAGGUCGAGCUGGAAGGGAUGGAAAAUUAGCAGAUUGCACAGUUCUAUAUGCUAACCUUUUAAGAACGCCUACACUUCUGCCGAGUAAACGGAGUGAAGAACAGACGAAACAAGCAUAUAAAAUGUUAUCUGAUUGCUUCAGGUUCGGUAUGGGUAAUUCAACGUGCCGAGCUAAGACACUUGUACAGUACUUUGGAGAAGAUUUUGGUCAUGAGAAGUGUCUUUUGUGUGAUGUGUGUGUGGCUGGACCUCCUGAACCGCAAAACCUGAAGAGCGAGACAGAUAUUUUCUUGAGGGUACUUGCAGCUCAAUGUGAGCAUAUGAGGUAUGGGGUUGGCUCUUAUGAUGAUGAACUAUGUAAAGGGAGACCCACAGAAAAGCUGGACUUCAGGACAUUGGUCAGCACAAUAAGGGAACAGUGUCCAAAAUUUGCAGCAACUGAUCGUUUAUGGUGGCAAGGUCUUGCUCGUAUAUUAGAAGAUAAGGGGUACAUACGAGAGGGGGAAGACAUGGUUCAACCUUCCAUAAAAUUCCCAGAGCUUACAGAGUUGGGACUGAAGUUUCUCCAGUCUGAUCCCGAGGCAGCUUUCCACGUUUGCCCUGAGGCAGACAUGUUACUCUCAACAACAAUACAAAAAUCUUUUUCCACCUUCUCAGAAUGGGGAAAAGGUUGGGCUGAUCCGGAGAUCCGUCGCCUUCGUUUAAAAGGCAAGAAGUGUAGAAAAGGGAGAAGGAAGAAAAGACAAAGCAAACAUUACAAAGACCUGAAAACUGUGCGAGGAAGAUUAUCGGCGAAAUUGUCAAAGCAGAAGCCUUAAUUCAAGUUCAACGACAUCCAUUUUCCAAGAACGCCAACCAUGUAGGAAACACCAUUUGACAUUGGUACAUGGAUACCAAGAAUAUAGAUUAAGAACCUAAGCGUGGAUAGAAAAUUUUAAUCGGUCGUUGGACAGCUGGAGAAAAGCCGAGGCGUGCUCCAAGCAAAUAAAUUUUGUGUGAGAUGUUGUUUCUAAAUUGUACAAGACACAGGGGAACUUGACCUGACCUGCUCAACCCUGAAGAUAUUGGCUACACGUAAAAUACACAAUGUGUUUAUGUAUUUGUUAUCGGUGCGAUUUUACAAUACGGAAUAUCACACUAGAUGUAUCUGUUAGAGGGAAGGCCCCCUGUAAUAUUUCCUCUUUAAUUUCGCCAA